UCGCGAUGGGGAACAAUUCAAACAACAAAUGCGUUAGUUUGUUUCUAAUUCUAUUCGUGCAUCAAAUAUCAACCCUCAGUGAUGUUGACGAACAGUGUGUGAACAAAAAAACCAACAAAGUAUUAUUCAACAGUGAAUUGAUGCUUGGACAAUGGUUCAAGGUUGUGUCUUUCACUCCAUCUCUCGAUUUUCGGACCGAGUACUGCAAUAGGAUCAACUUUACUAAGCCAACUCAAGAAGAAAUGGCCAGCUACAAGCAAAAGUAUAACAACCAAUCGGCGCCUUAUAAUAUCGAUGAGAAUCCAGUAAGAGUUAAAGACUCUAGCACUCUAAUUGAUGGUAUGAUAGUUGGAGGUACGAGAGCCAAAUUUUACUUAUUGGAUCCUAAAUCAGUGUUAGGUGAUAUCGAUGGGUAUGUCGCUCAGGUUUACCGACCGAUUAACGAAAAAUUCGUGUUGACUUACGACUGUAGACUGCGGUUAAAUUUCAUAGAUUUGCUGAGCAGAGAAAAGAUACCGAAAGAAGAAGAGCUGAAGGCUGCAAUCGCGAAGGUCAAGAAUUUGAAGAAAAUGGGACGGUAUAGAUUUUGCGCCCCUCCCCUGCCUGUGGAAAAGUUUGAUAUAGAACUAUAGACUUCAUAAUAAUACUUGUAGCAGAUAAACGAACAGAGAAAUCAAGAGUAGCUGUAAUUUUCAGAAAGAACA